GUGCUGUCGGAAUAUGUACAAAACUACUGGUAGAAAGGGAGACUCGAGUGCAUGCCCGAACGAACGUGUCGUCGAGCGAUGGUUGAAGAGCCAUUAGAGCGUAGAAUUAUAGACGAAACGAUAAUGACAAACCUGUGUUACGUUUUGCUCAUUGCUUCAUAGCCACAAAUGGCUCAGAGACGUUCUGUUUUGCAAUAUACAAGGCUAUUAAUUCAACAGUUUCCUGGCGCCUUUUUACAGGACUGUACGACAGCUUGUUGUCGUGAAUUGAAGUGACAUGUCCCUUAAGACAAAGGAUUAAUAUUGGCUACUAAAGGAUCUUUUGUUCCCUUACAACAAAUACUGAGAGGGGGCGAACUGCUGCACGUGACAGCAUACAUUGACAGCAGAAUGUCGUCAACCAAUUCGUCAUCAACGAUCAUCCAAGUCUACCAAAAAUGCGCAUCUACGACCUCUCCCACAAACUGGACUCGAAUACCCAGAUCUACCCAGGUGACCCAUCUGUCUGCUUCCAUAAGCAUACCACUGUCCAGAACGACGGAUUUGCUGUUACCGGUCUGUCACUCGGCUCGCACAGCGGGACACAUAUCGACGCGCCAUGUCAUUUCUUUGAGGAUGGGAUAAGCGUUGACGCGAUUGAUAUUUCUCUUUUGGUUGGACCUGCGGUUGUACUGGACGUACUCGACAGGAAACCACGAGAACGCAUAACGUGGGACCACCUCAUCAAGGUGGGCGCGAACACACUUAUCCAAGGCCAUCGAAUAGUCCUAAUCCGAACCGAUUGGCCAAAACACUGGAAGACUCCACUCUACCUCGACCAUCCCUUCCUCGAUAGGGAAGCAGCACGAAAACUCCUUGACAUGGGUGUCCGAGUCCUUGGUGUUGAUACACUAAAUCCAGACGAGACCUUCACGGAAGGCGAAGGUUCCGAUUUUGGUGUGCACGAAACGAUCCUUGGAGCUGGUGCAAUGAUUGUGGAGAACCUCACGAAUUUGGAGUCACUUCCCAAAGAAGGUUUACACGUUAGUUUAUUGCCUCUUUCAUUAACGGGCUGUGAUGGAUCGCCGAUUCGAGCUAUCGCAUGGGUUCCCGAUUAA